UCACACUGGUGGUGUAUGAACUGAAUGGGACCGUCCAUAGCCGAGAGUGGUCAGUGAGGACUUAUAGAGAAGUGGCUUAUAUGUUUGCGAAAAAGCAUCCUGGGUUCAUUGGAAUCAAACUCAUUUAUACGGAUCACAGAUUUAAAAAUGUGUCCUUCAUCAUGAAAUCCGUGCAAACAGCCAUGGCGCUUCGAAUCAUGUUCCCCAGGAUGGUGGCAGGGUUUGACCUGGUGGGGCAUGAAGACACUGGCUACUCCUUGUUUGACUACAAGGAGGCUUUGAUGAUUCCCACCUUGCAUGGUGUUAAACUGCCUUACUUUUUCCAUACUGGAGAGACAGAUUGGCUGGGUACUUCCAUAGAUAGAAACCUUUUGGAUGCUCUAAUACUGAACUCUACCAGGAUUGGCCAUGGAUUUGCUUUGACCAAACACCCAGCAGUCUGGGCUGACUCCCGGAAGAAGAACAUUCCCAUAGAAGUCUGUCCCAUCUCCAAUCAGGUUCUGAAACUGGUGUCUGACCUGCGAAACCACCCUGCUGCUGUCCUGAUGGCCAGUGGGUAUCCCAUGGUGAUCAGCUCUGAUGACCCAGCUAUCUUUGGUGCCAAAGGCUUAUCCUAUGAUUUCUAUGAGGCCUUCAUGGGCAUUGGGGGAAUGGAGGCUGAUCUGAGGACAAACAGCUGGCCAUGAACUCCAUCAAAUUCAGCACCUUGUUGGAUAUUGAUAAAAAGGCUGCCAUGAAAACCUGGGAGGAGAGAUGGGA